GAAAGGUAAAGUUCAUAACAAAGGCUUCAUGAAGUCUGUAACGAACUCGUGAAUCAGAUAAGGGACGAGAAAUGCAAGAGAGAACAAAAAGCACAUCCAAUGAAGCCAAGCAAAAAGGUCGAGAAACUUUGGAUGAGGUUCAACACAAAGGACGGCAGUUUGCUGAUCAAGCAAGAGAUAAAGCUUACGAAGAGAAAGGCUUCAUCCAGUCCAUGGCACAAUCAGUAGCAGCAUUCGUGACGGGAGAGUCCGACCAAGGACGAGAACUCAGAGAUAAAGGUCAUGAGGCUGCAGAUCAAACAAAAGAGAGGUCCAGAGAAACAAGCGACAGCACGAGAGGUGGAGUAAAAGGUGUCGUCGAGGCUAAGACGAAAGGCCAAGACGCUGGUGACAGGUCCGAGGGGAGGUGGCACGAGACGAAAAAGACCAGUCAAGAGACCGCUGAUAGAGCCAAGCAUGAAGCACAAGCCCGGGCGGAGCAAGGAAAAGGCUUCGUACAAGAAAAGAUAUCACAGGCCAAAGCCAAGUCUGAAGAAGCACUGGACGAUCUCAAAACGAGGAUAAACAUUAGCAGCGAUGAGGCAUCUGAUCGAAUCAGAAAGGUAGGAAAAGGCGUUUAUGACACGGCAGAUGACGCCGCUGAGGAGGUCAAGGACAUGGGACUGUUGCAAGCUGUGAAAGAUUGGGUAAAACAGUUUACAGUUUGAUCG